CUCAGCCACCAAACAUGUCGCGUGACCGCGCGCCGACUGACGUAGGAGGAAGAAGACGCCGCCGCCAUUAGAGGGAGGCCGAGUGAGUCGCCGCGGUGCAGGGCAGCGUGGCCCUAUUCCUGCCUUGCCUGCCGCCUUUCCUUCCGCUCCCAGCCGCCUCCCUCCCCCGCACGCCGGGCCUUUCUGAGCGCGGCUGCGUGCGGCCCCGGAGGCCCCUUCCUUUCGGCCUCAGCCUUCUGCGGCGCACUCGUGUAGGAAGUUGAACGGGGUUUCGGUCGUCGCUGAUGUGAGGCCGCGGCGGCGACGACCACUUCGCUGCGGAUGGCGACGGCAGCGGCCACUUCUGGCUCGGGCGGCGGCGCUGCCGGUGGGCGAAGCUUCUCCUUCAAGGUGGUGCUGCUUGGCGAGGGCUGCGUGGGGAAGACCUCGCUGGUUCUCCGCUACUGCGAGAACAAGUUCAAUGACAAGCACAUCACCACCCUGCAGGCAUCUUUUCUAACAAAGAAGCUAAAUAUUGGAGGAAAAAGAGUAAACCUUGCAAUAUGGGAUACAGCAGGGCAAGAAAGAUUUCAUGCACUGGGUCCCAUUUACUACAGAGACUCUAAUGGAGCAAUUUUAGUGUAUGAUAUAACAGAUGAAGACUCUUUUCAGAAGGUAAAAAAUUGGGUCAAGGAAUUAAGAAAAAUGUUGGGAAAUGAAAUUUGUCUAUGCAUAGUUGGUAACAAAAUAGAUUUGGAAAAGGAGAGACAUGUGUCUAUUCAAGAAGCAGAAACGUAUGCCGAAUCAGUGGGAGCAAAACACUAUCACACAUCAGCCAAACAGAACAAAGGAAUAGAAGAACUCUUUCUUGAUCUCUGUAAAAGAAUGAUAGAAACAGCACAAGUUGAUGAGAGAGCACGAGGCAAUGGUUCCAGUCAGUCAGCAGCUGCAAGGCGGGGAGUACAGAUAAUUGACGAUGAACCAGCAGCUCAGAGCAGUGGAGGUUGCUGCUCAUCUGGAUAAUUGUAUAAGACUGUGCAUCUUUGCCUCCUUAGUGAAGACUGCCAUAUUCAAAGUCUCAUUCUUUAUCAGUGGAGAGCCGGAAUUAACAGUAUUUAAAAUCAUUUGUAACAGUUCAGUACCAUUAAGUGCUAAACUAGUGGAGUAUGUGACCUGAGAAUUGGCUUUUUCUACAGUGGUUAACAAAGCAAACCAAUGGCCUUUUUACAUAUUUCUUUAAUAACGAAUAAUAUUGCAUGUGGAAAAGACUUAUGGCUUCAUUUAUAUUUUAAAUGAGAUCAUUAUUUAAUAACUUAUAUACACUAUUGGAAUGAAACAUUUUUUGCAGCCCUUUGUAUUUUGUGGUAGAUGGAACUGUAUCACUUCAAAAUUGCAAAUUGAUUUCUUUUUAAUUAGCAGAUACCUGGAUACUAUUUUUGCAGGGAUGGCAUUGACCUAUAACUGUCUGACUACUUUGAUAUAUUCAUCCUGUACUCCAUGCUGGUAAAAUAAAUUGUAAAUUACAUAUUAAAUAUUUUAUCUGCUUUUACAAGUGCAGGUGCAGAAAUAUGUACAUUAGUCUUGUCAGUGAUUGUGAAGUGAAUACCGGUGAAAAGAUACAAGCUAGUUACUGCUCACUUUUUUCUCUGCUAGGUUAUGGCCAUUCUGUUGGCUUGCUCUGAGGUUUAGAUCCUUUUUUUGAAUUUUUUUUGGCAAAUAAUUGAUUUAAUACCUUAGGUACAAAAAUUGAGCUGGAAUGUUGAACUUCUUCUACACUUAUUUCUAUGAGUAAGUUUGACAUGCCUAAAAUAUUCAACUGCUUCAGUUUCUUAUGUCACACACAUGAACUUGGCCUCUUUCAUUUGAUAAUCACUAAAAAAACUUGCUGAUAAAACUUCUCUUGUCCUUAUAUCAUUGCUUCCUCAUGUAAUGUUUUUUUCCCCCAGUUAAACUAAAAUAGUGAAAAUAACUUGACUGCAACAGUUUUCUUUUUGUAGGUCAUUAAAAUUUGCAGGAACUAAGCUGUUACUCUUAUAUACGUUUUGUUUUAAAUUCACUUUGCUUUUCAUUUGAAAGAGUUUCAAAUAACUUCUGAAGAUAACUUGUCUUCUGAAAAAAAAAAAUGAAACGAACUGUUCCUGUGUCAACACUAGAAGUGUACAGCUAAAGCAGAAUAUUUGACUUCCUAAGGGAAAUAUUAUUAAGGUGUGUUUUUGAUAAAUACCUAUAUGUUGGUGUGGAAAAUACCUAAUAUACAGUUUAGUUUUAGAAACUGGUAUGUGCAAUUCUAACUUCACAUAUGCUGGUUUCGGUUUUCAGUGAUACAGUGAUGAAUAUGCAUGCUCAAACAUGGAAAAAGUCACACUGGGAAGUUGAUACACAUCCCAUUGUCUUCACUGUCCAGAUCCUGUCACAAAAUCUUUAAGAGCAAUAGUUUUAGAAAACACUGCAUGCAUUUAUCCUGCUUAAAUUGAUGUCUGGAAAUGAACUGAAGUCUAUGGAGAGAAACUAGCUGUCACACAUGGCCAUAAUCUGGAUAAUCAAAUAUGUUGUAUUCUGUUCCUUUAACCCUUACUGAAAUUGUAAGCUAGAUGAUCUGUUAAAUUCAUAUGUUCUAAGUAGCUUGGUUGCUGUGACUUCUACCAUGUGCUACUGUAAGCUGCUCUGUCAUCAUUAAAUAUUCAUAAUUAGUACCUUC